AUGGCUACAGUACAAACACUUAAUUAUAUAUCUCAACAAUUGAAUAUCUAUUUGGGUUUAUUUAUGUUAAGUUUUGGUAUUAUAGGUGCUUUUUGGAAUAUUUUAAGUUUUCGUCAUUAUUCUCUUCGUUCGAGUUCAUAUUGUACAUAUAUGUUAUUUGCAUCUAUUACUAGUUUAAUUCACAUAUCAUUUGCUUUAUCUGAUCGUGUCAUCGAAAAAGGUUUCAAGAUUCAUUGGACAGCAAAUAGUGCAAGCUGGUGUAAAAUUCGAUAUUAUGUUGCAAAUUGUACAUCACUUAUAACAUUAUCUUGUUUUGUUUUUUCUGCAAUCGAUAGAUUUUUUUCAACAUGUCGUCAAAUAAAAUGGCGUCGUUUAAAUUCAGUUUUUAUUGCAAGACAUAUAUGUGUAUUUUUUAUUAUAUUUUGGAUGUUAAUAACUAUUCCGACGCUUAUCUAUGCAAAACCUAUUCAAUUUACAUUAGAUAAACGAUUAUGUAAUUAUUCAUCAAUAAUUUGGUUAAAAAUAAUAACUUAUUUUUUUUAUUUAUGCUGCUAUGGAAUAUUUCCAUGGAUAUUUAUGAGUUUAUUUGGUUAUUUAACAUUAAAAAAUAUUCGUCAAAUACGUAAUCGUCGUAUUGGUACAUUACCUUCAGUUGUUUUAUCACGUAUGGCACGUAUUGAUGAUCAAUUAUCAUCAAUGUUAUUUUUACAAAUAAUUGUGUGUAUUGUAUCAUCAAUGCCUUUUAUUACACAAAGUAUCUAUGAGAGUUUAACACAAAGAAUUAAAAAAGAUGAAUAUCGUCUAGCACAAGAAUAUCUUUUUCUUCAAAUAUCUCGUUUAGUUUUUUAUUUUAAUUAUAUUUCAAUGUUUUAUGUUAAUUAUUUAUCAUCACCAAUAUUUCGACAAUUAUCAAAACGAGUUGUGAUUAAUUUAUUUAAAAAGAACGAAGAUAUAUCAAGAGAUAUAACUUUGAUUAAUCAUCAAGAAAACAAUAAUCGAUUAGAAAGACGAAAUUUAAAACCAUUUACUAUUCAACCAAUUGUUUCUAUUUCUCGCGUUUAA